AUGACUAAAUUUCGUCCCUGUAUAGACUUGCAUUCAGGUCAGGUGAAGCAGAUUGUAGGCGGUACAUUAACAACUGCUUCAUCUGACUUGAAGACCAACUAUGUAUCGAAAUUACCGGCUGGUCAUUUUGCAAAACUGUACAAGGACAAUGAUCUUACAGGUGCUCAUGUCAUUAUGCUUGGACCUGGCAAUGAGGAGGCUGCGAAACAAGCUGUAGGAGAGUGGAAGAAUGGUCUUCAGGUUGGAGGUGGUAUUACGGAUGAAAAUGCUAGGCAGUGGAUUGAAUGGGGUGCUGAGAGGGUCAUCAUUACUUCUUUCCUCUUUCCUAAUGGGAAGUUCUCCCAAGAACGACUAAACUCCGUAUUGGAAUCUCUUGGUGGUGAUAAAGAAAAACUUGUCAUUGAUCUGAGUUGUCGAAAGAGAGAUGAUACUUGGUUUGUGGCUAUGAAUAAAUGGCAAACCAUCACAGAUAUGGAGGUGAAUGAGGCAUCAAUAAAAUCUUUAGAGCCAUAUUGCUCCGAGUUCUUAAUCCAUGCAGCCGACAAUGAGGGGUUGCAAAAAGGCAUCGAUGAACAACUCGUCGAGAAACUAGCACAAUGGUGUAGUAUCCCGGUCACUUAUGCUGGUGGCGGAAGAAACCUUCAAGAUCUUGAUAAUGUCAAGAGACUUAGUGAUGGGAAGGUUGAUCUUACAAUCGGAAGUGCUCUGGAUGUCUUCGGAGGCUCCGGUGUCACAUUUGAUGAAUGUGUACAAUGGAACCAGAAGCAAGUUGCUUCGUCAUAA